AUGGAUGGAGAGGAGAAAACCUAUGGUGGCUGUGAAGGCCCUGGUACCAUGUAUGUCAAAUUAAUAUCUUCUGAUGGUCACAGAUUUGUUGUGAAAAGGGAACAUGCACUAACAUUGGAAACAAGAAGAAACAUGUUGGGUGGGACAGGUCAGUUUGCUGAGCAUGAAACCAAUGAGGUCAAUUUUAGAGAGAUCCCUUCACAUGUGCUAUCAAAAGCAUGCAUAUAUUUUACCUACAAGGUUCGCUACACUAACAGCUCCACCAGGAUUCCCAAAUUUCCAAUUGCUCCUGAAAUAGCACUGGAACUGUUUAUGGCUGCCAGCUCCCUAGAUUGUUAA